CCCGCGCACAAAGCCGUAAACCGUCGAAUCCAUCGCUAAAGCCUCUCUCUCUCUCUCUCUAUAUCUUACAGUAAGAAAAGUAGGAGCACCAAAGCUCCAGCAAAAACCCUAACCAUGGGCACUCUCAAUCUCAGUUCUUCAUCCCACCCUCUAAAUCCAAUUAUUCUUCCCAACUGAAAAACAACUAAAACCCACUUCUUAUUAUAGUUAGUUAGUUAGUAUAGCCACACUGCACACGCAUACAACAGUUAGCCAAAAACAAUGUCACUCACUCUCCAAAACCUCUUCACAAACUCCACCUCUCGUUUCAUCCUCCAUUUCACCACCACCUCUAAUCCCAAAAACACAACCGCCAUCUCUCUCCCAAUCACCUCUCGCCACGUCACUUCCCCACUACAUUCCCGCCAUUAUCAAUUCCUCCCCCACCAUCAUCCUCAUCCUCAUCCAACACUCAGACUCAGACUCAGAGCCACAACCAGAGACGACGUCGUCGUAGUCGCCGGCGGCGGCGGCGGCGGAAAUUUCAAUUUCAACUUCGAUUCGUUCCUCUCCGUCGCCGAAUUCCUCUGCCUCGCUUCUUCCUUGGUCGGUCUCGCGGCGAAUCUAGCGGUGCUCUUGAGCUCGAAGAAGGCGGUGCUGGUGGAAUUGGUUGGGAACAAGGCUUGGGCGUGGUGGGGGAUUGCGUUGUUGGCCGGUGGAGUCGCGAUUGGGUCGUGGAUUCGGAGGCGGCAGUGGCAGCGGUUGUGUAGGCAGACUUGGAAUAACGGCGGUGGUGGAGUGGUGGAGGUGAAUUUGCUGGAGAGGAUUGAGAAAUUGGAGGACGACUUGCGGAGCUCCGCUACCAUAAUUCGGGUCUUAUCAAGACAGCUUGAGAAGUUGGGUAUAAAGUUUCGGGUCACCCGCAAGACUCUCAAGGAUCCCAUUGCUGAGACUGCAGCUCUGGCUCAAAAGAAUUCAGAGGCCACUCGGGCAUUAGCAGUGCAAGAAGACAUUCUGGAAAAGGAGCUUGUUGAAAUUCAAAAGGUGCUUCUGGCUAUGCAGGAGCAGCAGCAAAAACAACUUGAGCUGAUUCUUGCAAUUGGAAAGGCUGGGAAGCUAUGGGAAAGCAAACGGGAGCAACAUGAAGAACAAGAUACAAUUGAAACAAGCAAUUCGGCUGAAGGGGGGUUCAAAUGGAAGGAAACCCAACAAAUUUAAGCCUUAAUACAAGCGAGUAAUCAACUUAUGAUUUUGAAGCAACAAUUCCUAAAGGAAAUUUUCCUAAGACGAUUGGACGUGCUGGAUACAAUCAUAGGUAUGUCAUAGGGGCAUUGUUUUUUUCAUCCUGGGAAAUGUCCCUGGUCUAAAACACCAUUAUGGAGGUUGUAGGAAAAACAACAUAGGAAGAAUAAAUUGGAGAUGUACUUCUAUUUUUUGUGAACAUGGCAUACCAAUGAGAUACAGAUGGUUCUUCCUGCUCGCACUUGUAUUUGUUAUUGGAGGUUGUAGAUUGAUGUAUUCUUUUCAAAUUUUGGGUGGUGAUAUACGGUCUCAGUAAUCAUAUUGCGAGCUCAUUCCAUUUCUAAA